GAAGGAAAAAUCGUGAGCUUAGAUUUAAAAGCAGUACAGCUAAAGCACUCUAUUAUGCUGUGUUAAUAAUCGUCUUUCUCUUUUAAGCGGAAGCUAUCAGCUGUCAGUGUGUCUCUUCCCUCAAAUAAGCUCCUGAUUAAAAACAGCUGGUGUUAUCUCAACAGAUAAAGACAUACAGUGAGCGCGGUAUCAAGUCCCCGCACAGCAACAGUGGAAGAGGUACAAAGUCCAUGAGGGUCUUUAACCAGCUCGCAGGUCGAAUAAUGUCAAAAGUAUUGUUAUUUUAUGUUUAAAAAAAAGGGAAAUCCUAACCUAAUCUAAACUUACAAGCUGUAUUUAUUUCAUCAUUAUAUUAAUCUUGCGCCUUCAUUAACAAAUGGAUGCGGGACUCGGCAGGCCUGUGGUCUGGGACAGGCUCUCUCUGAUGGUGAUUCCAGGGUAUGGGUCAGUCUCGAAGGUGGCGCGCAGCAGCUCCACGUGUUCUUUGGAGAAGCUGGUCCUCUUCCUGCGACUGGCGGUGCAAGAGGAGCCGUUGCCGGAGGACACAGGAAUGGUGUCAUCUGUGCAAAGAAGAGAAAGCAGAUUGUUCCAUCAGAUCAGAUGGGAUAUACAACCUAUUUUCUUGCUGUACUAUCUUUGCAGCUACGUAAAGAUAUAAAAUGUGGUAAUCCAGUUAAUAGUUUUCUUGUGAUCUUGUUGGUAUGAGUCACUGUGCAGUGUCCCAGGAAGCUGACUGUUCAUCCGGAUGCAGUGUUUCCAGCAGGACAAAUGUUUCUUCACUCAUCUAAGUGACUCUAUCAGUCUCCAGAUAUCACUUGGAUGAGAAAUGCUGCGUCUCAAUGAACAGAUUCAACUUUCUGGGAUUUUAAAAAUUGUCAACCUGGAUGAUUGAGCGUGCAAAAAGCACGCCACACUUAGUGCUGUUUGCACCUGGUGGACUGUUUGACCCAGGUGGAAAAACCUGAAAACACACAGUUUAGUUUUUCUAAGUUUUCAAACCUGGAGAGCAGCUCUUACCAUUAGAGGAGUCGUUCCACAUGGCAGCAGCUAGAAUGGAUCUCUGGAUGUGCAGCAGUUGAGAAUGGAGGUCACUCGUCUUUCCCUCGAAGUGUCUCUGAGUGUCCCCUGUUUACCUCAGGUCACCUUUUAUGAGCUGUCACCUGAGGCCUCCACAGGUGAUCCCAGUGACGUCACGGCAGCUGGAUGGCUAACUCGGAGUACCCCCACCCCUUGACUCUGCCCCCACCCACGUACCCAUUAUCACCUAAGUUGAUUGAUCGUCGAAACCAGUAUGAUGCAUGAUUGUCGGCACAUGAUGGCCGCAUAAGAAACGUAUCUUGCAGGUUGGAGCCAGGUGAUUGGGUCCUGAUUUGAGUUCUCCAUAGAAAGAAUUGGAGCUCGCCCCGCUAGGAAGGUCCCUACCAAGUGCUCAUCGCCACACAAACCGCCUGUAAGAUAGCAGAAAGACCAUCUUGGAUUCACCAAAUCCACUGCAAGAAAGUGAGUGACAGCCUAGACUCAUAGACUCCAGCACCCCUACCUUCUGGUGAUCUACCUGGUGAAGAGAGGGCUGAUUGGGUAUAUCCCGCCCUCUACUUCUCGCCAGUAGUCUACUCACCCGAGGAUCUAGGUGUGUUUGGCUGUCAUGAAGACACUCGCCGUCCUAGCAGCUGUCCUGCUCCUAGCAGGACUACUCGCGCUUUUUCGAGGACAAUAAAGAAGACAAACAACACCACCUGCAGACAAGAUGGACACAUGACAACUCACAUCUUCGUGACAUGACACAAGACCACAUUCACCCAUGGAUGAAUAACGUAUAGUAUCGCUACGUGCAUGACAGAACCAAGGGAGAGCCUAACAACACUGCGUGUUACGUCUGCUCCCACAUGCCAAGCACCUCAACGCAUCCCACCUUUUAUGGAGACUACAUGAACAAAACACAAGCCAAAUGUGCCGCCAGCUUUUCGGGCAUUGGCUAUCAGCAUAAUAAAAUCACCAUCAACGAGACAAGCUCAUCUACCAUCUACUCGCUUAACUUCCUUAGUAUCUUUCAGGGACCACCCCAAUACGAGAUAAUCACCCUUGAAGACGCUGGACUUGACAAUGGAACGUGUGACCAACUUUUCUGGAUCAACUUCAACGUGACAAACCGGAACACAUCCAUUCACUUCCCAGUGUUCUUGGACCAAACCCCAGGGAAGAACCACUCCAUGUGCUACCAGCAAAACAAUGGUAACAGACCGCUUGGAAACACCACUAACUGUAAUCAGACCGCUGGAAGUGGAGAAGGUGCCCCUGUGAACACGACCGGCCCCUCAAAUGGCACUUACUGGGUCCAAGGAAUGGCCUGGCUAUGUGGACAACGUGCUUAUUUCAUACUACCCCCAGGCUGGACCGGAGUUUGUGCCCCCAUCUUCAUAUCAGACCACACCUUCAGGAUGACCGCUGUAAACACCACCCCAACCACACGACGGAAAGGAAGAUCAACAUCUCCAGGUAUCCAACCACACGACCCCGUGUACGGCAGUGAUGUGCCCGAGGAAUUCAAACUAUGGACCACUGGACAGAAGGUCCUCCACUCACUGUUUCCGUGUGUUGGAACCGGAAAAAACAUGUUAAGGAUUGAAACAUUGGAUUAUCGCUUUGGACUCUUUCUGAACGCGUCAUGUAAAAUCAAUGACGAACAAAACCAAGAAAUCGACGCUCUGUGCAUUGCAGUAAUGCAACGCAGAGUAGCAUUGGAUAUGAUUCUCGCCGAGAAAGGAGGACUGUGUCCUCUUCGACAACACCUGCUGUACCUACAUCCCGGACAAUGUGCAUUCCUCAAACAUGACUGAUGCUCUGAAUGCCUUGAGGCAACUGAAGGAAGCCCAAAGUCAGGACUAUGUGGAAAAACACCACUGACUGGUUCACCUGGCUUUUCAACGGCUCAUGGCUACAAGUACUGAAGAGACUACUCAUUGGAGUUGGAGUGUUUUUAAUUUUGUUCUGCUUCUUUGCCACAUGUAUUAUCCCAUGUCUAAAAGCCAUAAUCAAACGAAUGAUUAACACCUCACUUGCAGCAUACGUCAGUAUUCCACUUGAUUUAGAACCUAAUGAUGAGAGUGAAGAUGAAAAUGAUGAAAAUACCACUGUUUCAAAUUAUAACGUGAAUAUAACCAUGUUUGAUUAAAAUCACAUGCACAAUGAUGAGCUACUUGAAAAUGCAGACAGCAAGAAAGUAGACUUUGAUGUUGUAAGCAUGUUUUAUGAAGAAAUUAAAUCAGCAAAAACAGGAGGGAAUGUUAAGAGAUUUUUACAUUUACUUACUUUGAUAACUUUUAUUUUGCUUAAGUAUAAUUUCUUGUGAGAACAUGAUGUGCCCGCAACCUACAGAUUAAGGAACAGAAGCAUGCGUGAGGAAGUUACAAAGUCACACACUUUCAGGCAGAGACGGUUACAACCUGAAGCUGAUAUGACAAAAGAUACUAGUUCCUCUUGUCUUAUGGAUAACGGCCACUCAUGCGAUAACCAUAUCUAGAGAUGUUUUUCUAUUACGUAUGCUCCACCUAGAGAUGCUGUGUAAUCUAUUCUCUGCUAUAAAAUAAAGAACGGACUGAGGCUCUGCGCGACUUGCUUGUGUCUUGCUACGCAGUAAGCUUCGCCCGUGUACACGAAAUAAACUGAGUUUGUGUUA